GCCUCUGCGACAAAAUCUCAGUUUGGAAUUUGAUCAAUUAGGGCAAGAAGAAGAAGAAGAAAGAUGAUUACCUGGCGCGACCUCUACUCGGUGCUUUCCGCCAUGGUUCCUCUCUAUGUCGCUAUGAUCCUCGCCUACGGCUCCGUCCGUUGGUGGAAAAUCUUCACCCCCGAUCAGUGCUCCGGAAUCAACCGCUUCGUCGCCAUUUUCGCCGUCCCGCUCCUCUCCUUCCACUUCAUCUCCACCAACAACAUCUACGAGAUGAACUUCCGGUUCAUCGCCGCCGACACUCUGCAGAAGAUCAUCAUGCUCGUGCUCCUCGCAGUUUGGGCUAAUUUAACCAGAAAUGGCAGUCUCGAAUGGUCAAUCACCAUCUUCUCACUCUCCACGCUCCCCAACACUCUGGUUAUGGGAAUCCCCUUGCUCAUCGCCAUGUACGGCGACUACGCCGGAAAUCUCAUGGUUCAGAUCGUCGUCCUCCAAUGCAUCAUCUGGUACACGCUCCUCCUCUUCCUCUUCGAGUACCGCGCGGCAAAAAUGCUGAUUAUGGAGCAGUUUCCAGAAACCGCCGCCUCAAUAGUGUCGUUUAAAGUCGAAUCGGAUGUCGUCUCCUUGGAUGGACAGGAUUUCCUCGAGACCGACGCGGAAAUUGGAAACGACGGCAAGCUUCAUGUCACUCUGAGGAAAUCGAACGCCUCGCGGCGUUCGUUUCACGGUGGCUCCUUCUCCGGUAUAACUCCGCGGCCGUCUAAUUUGACCGGCGCUGAGAUUUACAGCCUCAGUUCUUCCAGAAAUCCGACUCCGAGAGGCUCUAAUUUCAACCACACGGAUUUCUACUCGAUGAUGGGGAUGGGGAGAUUGUCCAAUUUCGGAAACUCUGAUACUGGUAGGCUCUCGAAUUUCAACAUCGCCGAUAUGUUUUCGGUUCAAUCUUCCAGAGGACCGACGCCGAGGCCGUCGAAUUUCGAGGAAAACGCCGCUGCCGGAGCUCAUAUGAACAAUUCUCCUCGAUUCGGUUACUAUCCUCCUCAGCCUGCAGCUCCGACGUCUUACCCUGCUCCGAAUCCUGAAAUCGCUUCUUCAAUGCCGAAACCUGUGAAAUCCAACCAGCAACAGCAACAAGGAAGUAACAACAAAGCGAAUCACGACGCGAAGGAGCUUCACAUGUUUGUUUGGAGCUCAAGCACCUCUCCGGUAUCUGAAGCCGGCGGCGGAGCCGUCGCCGCCGGAGGUCUACACGUCUUCGGCGGUCCUGACUUCGGCGCUUCCGAUCAAUCAGGUAGGUCAGAUCCAGGAGCUAAGGAAAUCAGAUUAUUAGUCGCCGAUCAUACUCAAAAUGGUGAGCAGAAAGCGGUUCCGCAGACGGCUUCCGCCGGCGGCGAGGAGUUCAGUUUCGGCGGUGAGGAAAAGGAGAGGGAAGGCGGUGGACCAGGCGGUGAGCUGUCGAAGCUGGGGCCGACCUCCUCCACGACGGAUGUCGAACCUGCAAAAUUGGGCGGAAAUGGCCACGAUGGUGGAGCCGGAAAACACAUGCCGCCAGCUAGCGUGAUGACGCGCCUCAUCCUGAUAAUGGUGUGGCGGAAGCUUAUCCGUAAUCCUAACACCUACUCCAGCCUGAUUGGCGUGAUCUGGUCAUUGGUCUCCUUCAGGUGGAAUGUUCAUAUGCCUAAAAUCGUGGAUGGAUCGAUCCACAUACUGUCGGAUGCUGGUCUGGGAAUGGCGAUGUUCAGCUUGGGGCUGUUCAUGGCGCUUCAGCCGAAGCUAAUUGCGUGUGGGAACACGGUGGCUUCGUUCGCCAUGGCGGUUAGGUUUUUGACAGGUCCUGCAGUAAUGGCGGUGGCUUCCAUUGCUAUCGGCCUUCGCGGCAGCCUUCUUCACAUUGCAAUUGUGCAGGCUGCUCUUCCACAAGGGAUUGUCCCAUUUGUAUUUGCCAAGGAGUACAACGUUCAUCCAGCCAUUCUCAGCACAAUGGUCAUCUUCGGAAUGCUGAUCGCCUUGCCAAUCACUCUGGUUUACUACAUUCUUCUUGGCUUGUAAGACCAUUUUCAAACAAAUUAAAGUUAAUCGGAAGUCGUCGAAAACUAAGUAAAUUAUAUAUGUACGUCGGGAGAGAGGUUUCCACUGUCGGGGGCUGAUCUGAUCAUCGAUGUCGCGCUGGCUUUCGAUCAAAAGCGAAAAUUCAAGCCGUAGACGACGAUCAUCUCCCGAUGAUAUAUAUAUAUAUAUACCGAGCAACGAAAGAUCGAGCUCUUGUAGGAAGGAAUGAUGACGAAGAUAACACGGCCUAGGCUCGAAUAUUUAAAGCGCUUGUUGUCCAGGAAGAACUCAGGGAAUCGAAUUGAGAUUAUUGUUGUAGGAAUUUUUCUUUCUUGGUAAUUAUUAUUAUGUAUGAUAUGAUGAAUAUAAUUAGCCUUUUUUUUUUUUUUUUUUUUUUUUUUAUUUUUUUAUUUUGUCAAUUGUGAUUGUUGAUGUAUUAAUUUGUUGGUGUUUUAAGUAUUGGUUAACUUUGAUGUAAAACACUUUAGGGUGCAUGAUUAUUAGUCAUUGAGUUAGUGAAGGUUUUAUUUUAUUUUGCAUGGA